GCGGGGCAGAUGGAGGCGAGCUGCGAGAGGAGCCCAAGCACUCAUGCCUGAUGUGAUAGGAGAACACAGGACUGCUGCUGGACGCAUUAAGGACUGGGGAUUGGAGACGACACACAUUAAACAGAGCCCAGCUGAGCUCGCUGAAAUAUUAACAUCUGAAAGAACAAGUAGUUACUGUUGCUGGAAGUGUAAUAGUGGGGAUCCUUUUAUUUGUUCUCAUUGGAAUAACUGCACACUUGCUCUGGAAGAAGUUUUGCCUUAUUUAUUCUUAUGAAGAGUUCCCUAAUCCCGUCAAAACAACAUCUGUGAAUGCCAUUUUGCAAGAUCAGUCAUCUUCUGAAAUUCAACCAAAAAGCACAAGAAGAAUCAGUAGCUGUUGAUGUCUUGAGCAGAUCCAAAAGCGUUCCAUUUAUAAUUCCACCAACACUGCAUGGGCGAGACUGGAUUAACCUGACAAAUGAAGAACAAAUUCAGGAAGACAGUAACUCCUGCAUGACUCCCCAGUCUGGGCCACGGUCGUCAUUUCAUUCUUUGGCUGGAGCUUACAUUGUAGGGACCAUUAACCCAGAGCUGUACAAGUUUCCAGAAGACAAGAGUGAGACCGACUUUCCUGACGGCAACAUCGGCCGUCUCUGGUUCUCUAUAGAAUAUAAGGAAGCAUCAGAAACGCUCCUCGUCUCCUUGAUAAAAGCCAGAAAGCUGCAGCCUCCCACUGACUCCUGCAGUCCGUUUGUGAAAAUCUACUUGCUGCCUGAUGAAAGACACUACUUGCAGUCUAAAAUAAAGCGUAAAACCCUUAAUCCACUGUUUGAUGAACACUUUGUUUUCCAGGUUUCCAGUAAAACAUUGCUUCAGAGGACUCUGAAGUUUUUGGUUUAUCAUGUUGAUAAGCAGAAGCACCACCACCUCCUAGGCCAAGUCAUCUUCCCACUGAAAAAUGAAACCUUAACUGAUGACAGCAAAGUAGUCGUAUGGAGAGAUCUGGAGAAAGAAAACCUCGAGACUCCCUCAGAGAACGGCGAUAUCCAGUUCUCCCUCAGCUACAACGACUACCUGAGUCAUCUUACUGUGGUGGUUCUGAGGGCAAGGGGAUUAAAGCUCCAGGAUGAGAGCCGUGCUGCCAGUGUCUAUGUCAAGGUCUCAUUAAUGAACCAUAAUAAGUUAGUCAGAAGUAAAAAGACAGCAGCUGUUCUGGGAUCUCCCAAUCCAGAGUAUAACGAAUCCUUCAGUUUCAAGGCAAAUCAGACAGAGCUGGAUGCAGCAAGCCUGAGUCUAUCUGUGCUCCAGAACACUGAACAAAAAUCACAUGUGCUGGGGCGUGUUGUAGUUGGGCCAUACAUGUACAGUCGAGGCAAAGAACUAGAACACUGGAAUGAAAUGAUCAGCAAGCCUAAGGAGCUGGUUAAACAGUGGCAUGCUCUCUGCUACAGCACUUAAACAGCAUUACUCUAUGGACAAAAAACAAAUGGAGAAGCUCUCAUUGCCUUUUAAAACCUAAUGAUAAAGGAUAUAAAAUCUUUGAACAGUUAACACUCCUACGCAGGCAGGAAUAAAAGUAUAUUCUUUCUUUCUCCAAACACAAUCAGAAGACUUGGUCCCUGGCAGUCUGGAACCCAACCCCAACCUGUCCUUGUACGUCUCCUCAGAUAUCUCUCUGCUGGAAACAGAGCACAGAUUAAGGUUUGACCUACUAUGGACAUUCUUACAUGGAAAACUCAGUCAAUUGGUGGAAGCCCUUAGAAUUUAUGUUUGUUUUAGUGGUAGUUUCCUGCACUAAUUAAAUUACUGUUCUGCAACGUAAUUCAAAGCAAUUACUUUCUCUCAAAAUAAAUACAAUUCUUCUCUUCCUGACUGUUCACUAGGGUCCUGACCUUCACACCUUUUACACCCUACAGUCAUAAACCAGAUAGGCUACUGCAGAAAAGCAUUUUGUACAAUUAUGUUUCAAGAGGACCAUAAUUUCUAUAAAGUCAACUUCCUUUCAAACAAGAUACUAUGUUAAUUCAAUAUUAAAAAACCUUUCAAUUUCUCAACAUCUACAGGAAAAUACAACCAAUGAAAAUAUACCUGAGAGGAACUGUUAAAAUAGAAUACUCCUCUUCACCUGAUCACUCAUCUGAAACAUUAAAUGGUAUUCUAGGUCUGUCUUGCUACAUCACUGGAUAUAAGAGUGCAGCUGUUAGAAUUUAAUCAAAUAUUAAAAUAUCGUAUCUCCAUCAAAUGAAUAUACUGUCCCGAACCUAAAUUUAACUACAAAACCACAGAAAGUGUAGCCAAUAUGCAGUAUUAAAUUCCAAAAAUAAUGAAAGAAUAUUUAAAUGGACUUACCAGCGUACUUCAUGUUUCUCAAGCAAAAUAAAUGAAAAGGGUCCAUUUUGACUCUUCCUGCACAGCAAUUAUUCCAGUAAUGAAAAAGAUAUGAUUAAUCAAAGCACUACGAUGCAGUGCUAUUGUCACACUAAGAUGCAUAGCACAGAAAGCCCUCACCCAACAUGCAGCAAAGAGAUGUAAGAUUAUACGGAAUGUGAUGCUCUUCUCAAUACUCCCAUUGCUACUGAAAAACUUCAGUAUUUCUAAAGCUCUACAAUAACGCUAUCGUGUACUCAUAGAAAAACAAUCCCUUUCAGUGGUAGUGAGCAGCAAUUUGCCUGUUUUACAGCAGAAACGAAGAAUACACUUUUGUUCUAAAAGGUACUUUUUUAGAGAAGAAACCCUGCCACUACUCAACCAGAACAUUUAUCUGUACAUCAUACUCUACCAUAACUUCUUUGCUAAUUACAAUUAUUCUUACACUAGGCUUCUAAGUUGAAUGAGCUCUAUUAGUCCCUCCUUCCCCUAAAUGAAGAACUGAGAGGCCAGAUGCAUUUAUUUGGUGACUACCUGCUCCUAACAAAACACUCUAAAAACAGCAUCUUGAUAUAACAGAAAGGCAACACAGUAUUACAGAUGAUCAUGGACCAGAUGGCUCCUGGGAAGGAGAACUCAUGCCAGACAGUAGGACAGAAAGAUAGAGUGACUUCCAAUCUGGAAUGCAUGGAAAGAAGUCUAAAGUAAAAAACAUAAGGCAGUGGGACUUACAAUUUCCAAGAAAGAAUUACAAAAGCAAAGAUCAGUGAAGCUACAGCAUUACAAUAAAUUAAACUGACGUUGAACUACACUGUUGCAUGACAUAAAUCAGAUUUCAAAAAGGAACACUAUUAAGAGUGAGAGAGUGACCUGAAAGGAUCAUGAGAAGAGAAUGAGGACCAAGUCAGCCAGCAACACAACCACAAUACACGGAACUCAGCAGUUAGAUGCACAUAGUUCAGCAAAUCCAGAUGGCACAACUUCCUUCCAAAGCUAUCAAAUCAUCCUAAUGAGGCUGCACAGCAACAGGAUGUUAAACAAUCUUUAGAAUUUCUCUAACAUAAUUGAUGUCUGGUUUUCCUAAGUCUUAUUAAAAGAACUCCUGGAAUACUUUAAUCCAUACCAGAUUAAUAUUCAUGUUUACGCCUCAUUUAAACAAAUACAAACACUGAAAUUAUUCUUUCUUUCUGUAUGUUCUCCCCCAGCACUAAGUAACCCACAAUCUGGAAUCGGGGAGUGCUGUGUGAAGUAUAGAUGGGAUGAGGUACAAAUGGUGAAAAUAUGAACAGUGAGGUAGCACUCAUUGCAACUCAUCUGAAAAAGUUUCAGAAAACUGCAGUUUUAGUCGUAAGAGAUAAGAGUCACACAUUCAGAGAUGGAAUAAAAUAACGGGAAUUGUUUUUUAAUAGAAUAUAGCCAGGGAUUAAAACAGAAGGGUUUAAGGGGAGGGUAAGUGCUCUUUUUUUAAUCAAGUCUAUAUUAUUGAGAAUGUGUCUGAAGCUUGUGGAUAGCUGAAAUGUUAUGUAGAGACAUUACUAACUGAGAACAACACAGGUAAAGAUAUGCAAGAAUGCAAUCUAAAAGAAUAUAGAAAAUAUGAUUUAUACCUUACAGCUUGUCUCAAGAGAGAUAAUAAGAGGCAAUUAGUCUCAGUUGGAGGCAUAAUUUACAUCAGAAUAGAAUACUGAUCGCUAUCUGAUCACUUUCAGAGUAAUAGUUAUCAGACUGUUGCUUUAUAAAGUCAGGUAACGUCAUCAUUUAUUCAAUCUUUUGACAACUGUAUUUUGAUAGUAUUUUCUAAGACCUUAAAAAGAAUCAAUUUAAUUUCUAAAUCUGAUUGAAUUAGGAGAAACUUGUGUUAAAUUGGCUGUAACCAAUUUUGAAAUUGGCUCAAUGCGACUAUGCGUAUUUAUUUGCUACCUUACAGCUAAACGCAUUAAAUGUAAUUAUUCUAAAGAACUACUUUAAAAGAACGCACCAUUUACAAUUAUUUGAAACCUCUGAGAUUACUGCAACAACUUCUAGCUACACAAGAUUAGAUCCUCAGACAGAUGUUACAAGAGAAAAUAGCAGCAAAACCACUGAGGCAGAACAGUAGAAAUAUUGCUGUUAAGAGACUCACAACAGAGAGCAAGCACAAAAACAAUCAAUUGUAACUUGGUGAUCUUUUUCUUUUAUCUUGUCUGUGACUAAAAUCAAGCUACUGCAUUUCAAUUGUCUUCCUCAAUCUGCCAUAUGAAAAAUAGUCAGUCUCAACACUAGAGAUAACACCAGAGAGAAGAAAAUUGAGAUAUCAGCAAG